CCAAUCGAUAAUGUCGUCAACCACGUUUACGAGCGCUCUGAUGCGGCUGCCCAACUAGACCCAGCUCUGGUCGCUCAGAUCACCGAGCAGGUCAUCAAUAAUCUCAAGGCCUCUGGUAUUGCUCAACAACAGCAACCACCACUUUCUACUCAGACCAGAUCUGCCCAUUCAAGAUCUCCUGCAGAUUCGGCCGGCUCUCUCAAUCGUCCUUACACGCCGCCCUCGCCAACCAAGGACAACGGAAGCUAUAGGUCACUCUCUCCCGAACCUUCCAUGUUUGCCUCAGAUCCGUGCAAUAGCAGUUAUGACUUUCCUCAGCCAAACAGAAACGGUAGUGACGCAUCACCCAUCCAUGCUGGGUACAGCAAACCAAGACCUGAGCAAGUCCGCACGCCCUCUACUGCCGAAGAGACGGUCUUGGAGAAGGCAUGGCAGCCUCUUUUUCGGUCAGGUCAACCUACUCCAAGAUUGAGUCAGUUUCUCAGAGGCCUCGCGCUACAUAUCAUUGAUGACUACGAGCCAAAGCGCAGUCUUGUCAUCCCCCCAGCUAAGAUGGUCCAGUUCUUCGAGGAUGUACGACUACCCUCAGAGAUCUACCCCUGGCGGGAUAUUUUUGGUGGUCGCAUCACCUGCGAAUCCAUCUCAAGAAUCUAUCGUGAUCUCCGCUGCCAGCACCACUUCGUACAGCUGGGUAAUCACUCGGCCCCAGAUAUCCCAGCCCUCACGCCCGACGGCUUCAAUCAAUUCAUGACGAUUCUCAUCCAGGCUCAUCCAUCUCUGGAAUAUGAUCGACUUGCGAAGGCUGUUUUGGACAUGCCUAUCAGCAACGCUGAUAAUCCAAAGGAGCGAUUCCCAAAGGAACUCAGUCGUCGACUUGUUCCCAAAGAGGAUGACAUAACACAACAGCAACGAUUGCAUGCUGCUAUGUCGAACGAUCGCAACAUACAGCUGCGCUCAAGCAACCCUAUACCGCCGCCGCCUCCUCCAGUGUCAACACAACCACAACAACAAUCAGCUUCGUACUCUUCUUCGACAUCGUUUGCCGAGAGAGAACGUGCGCCCUACUCUAACAAUCCAUCUGCCCUUGAUGACGAUGAUUUACGUACUGUUCCUGGCCCGAUCGAGCGUGAACGUCAACCUUACACUGCAAAGGAAGGCUCUGGAAAGGUGUAUGAUGACGAUCGUCGAAAUACUGUUCGCACAGAAAACAUCAAUCGUUCCUCCCGCGCCAACUCCGCUGCACGUGAACCACAAUUCAGUCAGAGUAGGCCCACAGACAUACCUACAGGACAGAGACGCCAUCGUCUCUCUGCAACCGGACAACGACCUAACUUUGGCUCUCCGCCUCCUCUUGGUUAUCCACCUAACUCAUACACCCGCUCGGAAGGCACGAACAUCAGCGAUGUUCCAUCCGCACAGUACAGCUCCAACAUACACUCUGAAGAUCGAGACCGAGCAAGAUAUACACGACGUGAUGAUGAAUCUAGGGAAAGUAAGCGUGCUUCAUGGUAUCCAUCUCGCGGAUAUGACUACGAUGGAGCCUACGACGACAAACGAAGACCUGCAGGUGGCUCUGAU